AAAGCAUCACUUAGCAAAAUUUUAAAAAGAAGGGGCUUAUCCGAUUUCUUCUUACACUCAUCUCCUGCGCUCACUCGCAGUCAAGUGUCCUUGAAUUGAAGAAAGCUAUGGCUACCAUUGCACCAAACCUCCAUUCACUCACUAACCAUUCUUCAAAUGUCUCAAUUACUUCUUUUAAUUUCAAAAUUCCCAUUAAAAGAACCCAAAUUUCUGGGUUUUCCUUCAAAAGACCAAACAUUCUUUACCCAACUCAGUUUCAUGCUUCAUCUGCUAUUUAUGCCCAGAAUAGUUUCAAUUUUCAUGUACAUGCAGAUGCAGUUUCUUCAACGAAGAAGCCCGGCUUUAGUAAGGAUCUGACUGUAACCCGAGCCACUGAAGCAGUUGCGCUGACCACUGAGGAGUCUAAAGCAAAAUCCUCAAAGAAGAAUAAAAAGGAAAAGUACCCUCGUAGAAUACUUGAUGUGUAUCAGAUCCUUCAAGUCCCUAUUAUAACCGAAGCUGCGAUUAAAAAUAUUGCUGAUGAGAACUCGCUGCUUUUCACCGUAGAUGUUCGUGCUGAUAAAAAGAUGAUCAGAGAGGCUGUAAAUAACUUUUUUGGUGUCAAAGUUCGUAAAGUAAAUACUUUAAUCAGAUGUGCAGGCCUGAUGGAACUAAGAAAGCAUAUGUCAUGUUGAAUAGAGAAUACAAUGCCUCAGAUCUUGCAAAGAAGAUAGGAAUCUUCCCAAGCAGCGGUUAGCUUCGAAGAUUUUCGAUGUAUAAUUGCUGCCCUUUUUGUCCUUCCUCCUUCCUCGACAAAAAAAAAAAGCAAAGCCGUGUUUGGAGGUAGAAUUGCUACGAAAUUUGCAGUGAUCUGGGGUUUUUGUUGUUGUGUUGAGUAUAACAGGUUCGUACUUGAUUACUCUUUUCAAGAGGUGAGGGUGGAAGCCAUGAAUGCCUUCCUUGAGUUUGUUUUGAGGUAGUUUUAAGAUUUGUUUGUGUAAAUUGUAAAUGCACUUUAUGGUUGAGCUGUUUUCAUGAACACAACUUCCUGGUUUCUAUGCAGUUCCCGUCUUCCUUUCUUAGUGCCA